UAUACUGUGAUUUAAUAAGGAAAACAUCAACGUAAGCCAGUCCGAGCAGUGUUGGUGGUACCAAUGCCAUGCUUUCCAUUGGUUCCUGUUUACAUGAUGCCCACAGGACACGCGGUGAUUGGUGGCGCUUCACACGUGACCAGGCAACUUUGUACAUUUGACAGGGAGUAGGAGGGUUUUGUGGAGAUCAGAAAAACGACAGCGCGAUAAAAAUUAGUAUUGUUGCACUUCACAAAUUAAUGACCAUGAGUUCCUACUUGAUAAACUCCAACUAUAUCGAGCCUUCCUUUCCUCCAUGCGACGAAUAUCAGCAGAGCGGAUACAUCCCCAACCCUGGUGAUUACUACGAGCGGCCAAAAGAUACGGGUUUCCCCCAUCACGACGAGCCAUCCUAUCCGAGGUCAAACUACACAGAAUCGGGCUACGAUUACGGUAACGUCCCCGCCACCGGACUCGAUGAUUUCGGCGACGGGCACCACGCACAGCCGCAACCCGUUCCACAGAGCCACGGACCUCGCCUCACCGUGGCCCCAGACGGUGGCGCAGGGGCAAAUGCCAGCAAAGACUGCAGCCUCGCCAGUGAGGUAUAUCCCGGCGUAGCGAAGGGCAAGGAGCCGGUGGUCUAUCCUUGGAUGAAAAAGGUCCACGUUAGCAACGUCAAUCCCAAUUACAAUGGAGGAGUGCCCAAGAGGUCCCGCACUGCCUACACCCGCCAGCAGGCUCUGGAGCUGGAGAAGGAGUUCCACUUCAACCGGUACCUGACCCGGCGCAGGCGGGUGGAGAUUGCGCACACCAUGUGUCUGUCCGAGCGCCAGGUCAAGAUCUGGUUUCAGAACCGGAGGAUGAAGUGGAAGAAGGAGCACAAGCUUCCCAACACCAAGAUCCGCUCCUCGAGCUCGGCCUCGUCCUCAGCCACGGGGGCCCAGCAGCAGCAGAUCAAAACAGGCCAGCAGCUUGUCCCCACGCCGUGCACCGCAGGUCUAUAGUGCUUGAAUGAACCCCAUCCCACAAAAGAACCCAAUCCAGACUGAGAUGGCAAAUAUCACAAGUGGAAUUUGAUGGACCGAUUCUCAGUAUUUUACACACAUGGUGUUAUCUCUUUCACCUUGCCUCUGCCAUUGGGCCCCUGUCACGUCCUAUACCCUCUCCCUGUCCGGUCGUCCUCGCCCUCUUCAUAUAAGCUUGAAAUUCACCUUUAAUUGCCACGGUGGCAACUGAAGUGUUUAUAUAUUUGUUUAUUAUUAUUAAAGAAGGAUAACGCACAUUCAGACGUAGGACUUGGAUCAAAAUGUAUCAUUACAGUUAAAACUGAGUGAGGUAAAAGUAAGUUUGAACUCAUUUUUCUAUGUUCUCUUUGGGUAUUGUUUUUUUUUCUUUUUUUAUUGCUCAUGGAAAGCUCUAAUAUACUUGAAAGAUAUUUAGCGAGACUCUAGAUGCCUGUUAGAAAACCAGACGGCAGUUUUAGAGGAAUGGCAUCAGUCAGAGUAACAGUGUAGUUUGUGCGUUUGAGUGGGUUGGUUUACUGUUGAAUGUAGUCCAGGUGACUUUCACAUUUUAAUGUACAUAGGCAAAUCAUAAUGAAGGCACAAUAAGAGAAGCAUUUCGUCAUGUAGAAUUAUGUUCGUUGGUGUUGUAAGGUCUAGGUUUAUUUGUGCUAGUCCGUCCCAUGUUGUGCUGUGUUCUAAACUGUGAAUAUUUGUAUGUGUUGUCUCAGUAAUGACCGUUGUAAUGUAGGCUAGUGUAGGCUCAGUCUGUCCCUGUGAAAUAAAUAUGUACUUCACUUAUAA